CGAUAUUAAUCUCGAGCUCAUAAUCUAAUUGUUUAAUAGAAACGCGAUUUUAAACCAGUCAGCGCGCUUACUUUUAUGCUAUUUUCUAACAAUAACCACGUUUUAAAAGAGAGUGACGUGUUUGAAGGAAAAUCUCAAACCGAAACCUUCCGAGGCCAAUACGACGAGGCCGAGGUUUGAGAUUUUCCCGUAAAGACCGAAAGUUUGAGGUUAAUAAGUUGGUUAUUAUACGGCUUUUUGCUUUGCUUUUGCAGGCCUGUAAUUGGCCUGUGGUUAUUACGGGAGAAUAAUGCCAAGCCAAUAAGCCAAUCAGAGCGCGCGUUAUAUUGGCUACAAACACAAGCCAUAUAAUAAAGACUUAAAAGAGUCUCGAGAAUUAGCCGUCAACUUGAGUGAAUUCAAUGGUGUUGUCAUUUUACGACAGAAUGCCAAACACGAGAUCUUAAGGUAGCUCAAAAGAGUUUCCAGCACAUUCCAAGACGUUGAUUUUUGAUCAGUCAUCAUUACCACUCUCUAUCAGUUGAUGCUACAAUCAUGGUAUCUAAAAACUGUCCAAUCAUUGGUGAAAAUGUUGGUAUCAUUUUCGUGACACAAUGGGUUACCAUACUGUAGCAACAGCAUGACCUGCUAAAAGACACCCUUCAUGUCAUCUCUAUGUAUUUCAAAAACGGCACAGUGACACCUUCUUUUGGUAUCGAAUUUUAAUAAGCAGGAUAAGGUGCAACUUUUGGCAAAUUUUAAAAAGAUUCCGUACCUGGGGUUUCGAGCUGUACAUACCUUGUUGAAAUGUGCUGUGAACCGUUUUGAGCCACCUUAAGGCCUUUGUCGGUUGAGGCUAUUCCGCCAGUAACUCCAAACUGUCAUACGAUUUUGCUAUCCCCAGAAGGGUGAUCGGGACAAUGUUUCUCGGUACGUUUCUUAGUUUAGUUUCUAAUCUUGGAUCAUUUUGAUACACAGAGGGGAUGUUAGUUGGCUACUCUCCAGCUGAAGAUGAAGCAAGUGGGUUAGGCAUUCAAAUCAUUACUUCAGCACCCGUCAACGAAACAAACGAAAAGGACAACCUACUUCCCACACCGAUAGGAACCAGUGUAGAGAGUGAGACACCACCACCGAAACUAGCUCAAAAAGUCACAGAUGACAUUUUUGACAACGUGGAAAAUAACGUAGACCCAACUACGCCAGGCACCGACGAUGAUAUAAUAGAUAUCAUAGACGUAGAGCCGACAACUCCUAGUUUAACUAAUGAACCGCCAUUGAGAACGACAAAGCAAUCAGCGUCUGAAGAAGAACCAACCACUGAGUCGCCUUCUGAGAAAGCAACAACUGAAAAGUCUUCUGAAAAAGCAACAACACAAUCACCUUCUAAAGAAGAAAUCACAGAAUCACCUUCAAAAGAACCAACAACACAAACACCUUCUGAAGAAGCAACAACAGCAUCGCCUUCAGAAAAAAAAACAACAGAGUCGCCUUCUAAAGAAGCAACGACAAAAUCACCUUCUAAAGAAAUAACACCACAAUCGCCCUCUGGACAGGUAACAACAGAAUUGCCUUCUGAAGAAGCAACAAAAGAAUCACCUUCUGAAGAGGUAACAACAGAAUCGCCUUCUCAAGAAGCAACAACAGAAUCGCCUUUUGAAGAAGCAACAAAAGAAUCACCUUCUAAAGAGGUAACAACAGAAUCGCCAUCUCAAGAAGCAACAACAGAAUCGCCUUCUGAAGACGUAACAACAGAAUCGCCUUCUAAAGAGGUAGCAACAGAAUCGCCUUCUAAAGAAGCAACAACAGAAUCGCCUUCUGAACACGUAAACACAGAAUCGCCUUCUGAAAAAGCAACAACAGAAUUGCCUUCUCAAGACGUAACAACAGAAUCGCCUUCGGAAGAGGUAACAACAGAAGAGGGAAGAGCCGUUCCAAGGGAACAGGAAUUUAGGGCAGAGGACGAUUUAUAUCCAGUGGAACUGGAACCUGUCUAUAACGCAACAACAGAAUCGCCUGAAGACGUAACGACUGAAUCGCCUUCUGAAGAAGUAACAACAGAAUCGCCUUCUGAAGAAGCAACAACAAAAUCGCCUGAAGAAGUAACGAGUGAAUCGCCUUUUAAAGAAGUAACAACAGAAUCACCUUCUGAAGAAGUAGCAACAGAAUCACCUAAAGAAGUAACAACAGAAUCACCUGAAGAAGUAACGAGCGAAUCGCCUUCUGAAGAAGUAACAACAGAACCGCCUUUUAAAAAAGCAACAACAGGAUCGCCUUCUGAAGAAAUAACAACAGAACCACCUUCUGAAGAAGCAACAACAGAAUCACCUGAAAAACUAACGAGCGAAUCGCCUUCUGAAGUAACAACAGAAUUGCCUUUUGAAGAAGCAACAACAGAAUCGCCUGAAGAAGUAACGAGUGAAUCGCCUUCUGACGAAGUAACAACAGAAUCGCCUUCUGAAGAUGCAACAACAGAAUCGCCUUCUGAAGAGGAAACGACUAAAUCAUCUUCCGACGAGGUAACAACUGAAUCACCUUCUGUAAAAGCAACAACAGUGUCACCGUCUGAAGAAGCAACAACUGUUUCGCCUUCUGAAGAAGGAACGACUGAAUCGCCUUCUGAAGACGUACUAACAGAAUCACUUUCUGAAGAAGUAACAACUGAAUCACCUACUGAACAAGUAACGACUGAAUCACUUUCUGAAGACAUAACAACAGAAUCACCUUCUGAAGAAGUAACGACUGAAUCACCUUCCGAAGAAGUAACAACAGAAUCACCUUCUGAAGAAGUAACGACUGAAUCACCUUCUAAAGACUUGACAACAGAAUCACCUUCUAAAGAAGUAACAACAGAAUCACCUGAAGAAGUAACGAGCGAAUCGCCUUCUGAAGAAGUAACAACAGAAUCGCCUUCUGAAAAAGCAACAAAAGAAUCGCCUUCUGAAGAAGUAAAAACAGAAUCUCCUUCCGAAGAAAUAACAACAGAACCACCUUCUGAAGAAGCAACAACAGAAUCACCUUCUGAAGAAGCAACAACUGAAUCACCUUCUGAGGAAGCAACGACUGAAUUACCCUCUGAAGAAGCAACGACUGAAUCACCUUCUGAAGAAGAAACAACAGAAUCACCCUUUGAAGAAGCAACGACUGAAUUACCUUCUGAGGAAGUAACAACAGAAUCAGCAUCUGAAGAAGCAACGACUGAAUCACCUUCUGAAGAAGUAACAACAGAAUCACCUUCUGAAGGGCUAGCAACAGAGUCACCCUUUGAAGAAGCAACGACUGAAUCACCUUCUGAAGAAGUAACAACAGAAUCACCUUUUGAAGAACUAACGACAGAAUCACCUUCUGAAGAAGCAACGACUGAAUUACCCUCUGAAGAAGUAACAACAGAAUCACCUUCUGAAGAGCUAACAACAGAAUCACUCUCUGAAGAGGUAACAACGGAAUCUCCUUCUGAUGAAGGAACGACAGAAUCACCCUCUGAAGAAAUAACUACAAAGUCGCCUUCUGAAGAAACAACGACAGAAUCACCCUCUUUAGAAGUAACGACUGAAUUGCCUUCUGGAGUAGUAACAACUGUAUCACCUCCUGUACAAGUGACAACAGAAUCUCCUUCUGAAGAACCAACAACAGCACCACCCUCUGAAGAAACAGCGACAGAAUCACCUUCGGAAGAAGCAACAACAGCGUCACCUUCUGAAGAAACAACAACAGAAUCACCUUCUGAAGAAGUGACCUCAGCUUCCCCUUCUGAAGAAGCUACGGUAGUUUCACCUAACAAUGCAACGACUGAAUCGCUUAAGUCUACCUUAUCGCUGAGAACCACUGCACCCACAAUUGCCAUUGGUACCGAAGGUCCCUCCGAGAGUUUAGAUGUAGGAAGUCAAGUGAAACAAACCACAACAAAGAAAUCCCCUUUAGCGGAUACCACAACAGUAUCACCGUCAGUAGAAGCUACGUCCGAGUCAUCUUCGAUUGAUGCCACAACUCAGCCUCCUAUAGUAGAUGCCACAACUAAAUCACCUCCAGUGGAUGCCACAACAACAGAAAGCAGCAGUACUGGAUUUACGCCAACACCAUUGGUGCAGACUACGACCACCGCUUUUGAGGUUGUGUCCACUACUGACUCUCCAAACGCUAUUGAUUACAUCUCCACCACAAAACCCACAAGUGCGAUUGAUAAUGGUAAUGGAAUCGAGAAUGGUAAUGGUUCACAGGUUAAAGGAAGAGAGGAAGGAGAAGACAAGUGCAACCUGAAAAGGUGCAAGAAUGGAACGAUGUGCCGCGUAAACGGUGAUGUCUUACCCGAGUGCCCCUGUCCGACUGAGUGUAGUGAUGAUGUGGAUCCCCACUGUUCUGUGUAUCUUGGAGACUAUGAAAACCUUUGCAAGGUUCAUCUUCACGCCUGCAAAAUGCAAAUCAACGUUGCUGUUAAGCAUCGAGGACGAUGUGCAGACUAUGCACAAGGCCAACAGAUAUCAAAGCUGGCAGAUGAGGCGCAUGUUCCGACAGAUGAAUGCUUGGAAGAUGAACUUCUCCAGUUCGCAGAUCGUUUCCAAGAAUGGGCAUUAAUCAACAAAGAAACUGAUGAAAGUGAGGAUCCUGCAUCAGUAGACCUGAAUGCUGCUGUCACGCAAACACGAUUGACUGGGUGGACGGCAUUAGAAAAGGAAGCAGUUUUAAAGUUCCAGUUUAAUGAAAUUGACAUCGACGAAAAUGGCAUUCUUGAAAAAGCUGAAAUUGACGCAAUGCUAUUGCACGUUCCACACGAGGAAUGUCUCUUUGGCUUCAUGGUCUCAUCGGACAUUGAUGGUGAUCACGUGUUAAACGAAGAGGAAUGGAUGGAGGCCUUCAAAAAUGUUGGAGUUAACGACGUUGAAGACGUGAAUGAAGUAUAAACAUCUCAUGUGAUGCUUCGAGGCCUCACCUCACCGACAGCUGCACCGGAGAAACGAUCUUAAUGGACUAAUGACGUAACGCGUCUGUAUAUUUAUCUCAACGCCAAUGUUAAAUAAUUAGUUAAUAUAGGGUUUUGUUUCUUGAAGACGUUUCUGCAAAUCUAAAAAUUGCAAUUAGCAAGUAUUUUCUCGUUUGCAUUUAGUGACAAAUGCUAUAUAAUCGAUUUUUAGACCAUUAGAAGACAUCUUUAUUCAAACGUCCGGAUGAAGCGCCCAAGCAACGAUAAAAGUCAGGUUUUUUGUAUCUGUAGUUAUAGUUAUUAAUUGUAGCGCAUGCACAAGUUUUAGAAUUUAAAAAAGGAUUUACGAUAAGUAUUUUAAUGACCCUUCAGUGAGAAUUAAAAUAAAUGGGUUAUUUGAACGGUCGUGCAUUGGCGCAGAUAGGAAAUAUAUCCCGUCAAGAUAGUCCUGACAAAUUUUUACACCGAGACGGGGUAGCCCGUAAUGGCCUAAAAUCCUUUCUGGGAAAGGGAGUGACAAAAUAAGAAUUGGAAAACACCAGGAAACCGCUCUUAAAGUUGUUGUUCUACAGCUCCAUGGAACGAGUGAUUUUCUUUCUUAUUCCAGCGAUGUUUUCUAAAAUUAAAUAGAAAACAUGUUCUUUGGACUUCAAUCAAAUGAUAAGAACAUUAGGGAAAAUUUGGGAACACCCGAAAAAGCCACAGCUCGUGUCACCACAAUGUUUCUCGUUCUCCCAAAUUUCAUUCUUCUCUUAUUUAAGCAAUAGAACAUUUUUCCUUGUUUACAUAGCCUCUUCUAAACACGACAGGGUUUAGAGAAUUCGACAGUUAUGCAAACCCGAGAUGCAUUCGAGGGUUUGCAUAACUUUCGAGAAUACUCCCAA